AUGAAAAUAUCAAAAUCCAAGAGUUCCACCUCUAAUUUGCCCCCAGGGCCAUGGAAGCUUCCUCUCAUAGGAAACUUACACCAACUUUUUGGCUCAUCUCUGCCUCAUCAUGUUCUAAGAAACUUGGCCAGCAAGUAUGGACCCUUGAUGCACCUAAAACUAGGAGAGGUAUCAAACAUUAUAGUUUCUUCACCAGAAAUGGCCAAAGAGAUUGUGAAAACACAUGACAUCAUCUUUUCCAAUAGGCCACAAAUUCUGGUUUCCAAAAUUGCUUACAAUGCCAAGGACAUUGCCUUCUCUCCCUAUGGAAGCUAUUGGAGGCAACUAAGAAAGAUGUGCACAGAAGAGCUAUUGGCCUCAAAGCGUGUGCAAUGCUUCAGGUCCAUAAGGGAAGAGGAGGUGUCAACAUUCAUUAAAGAAAUAUCUUCAAGAGAAGGGUUGGUUGUGAAUAUCAGUGAGAAGAUUUACUCACUCACAUACGGAAUAACAGCUAGAGCAGCCAUUGGUGAGAAGUGCAUGCACCAGCAAGAGUUGAUAUCCUUGAUUGAGGAAGCUAUAUACCUUGCUGGAGGACUUUGUGUUGCUGAUCUCUAUCCUUCCGUUACAUGGCUUCAAAUGUUCAGCGUGGUGAAGGCUAAAUCUGAAAAAUUGUUCAGAAAGACUGAUGAGAUAUUGGACAAAAUCAUUGAAGAUCACAAAACAAAGAAAAGAGGCCACUUGUAUGAAACUGAUCAAAAGGAUUUGGUUGAUAUUCUAUUAGACUAUCAACAGCCAAACAACAACAUUCCCCUGGACCAUCCUUUGACUGAUGAAAAUGUUAAAGCAGUCAUCCUGGAUGUCUUUAGUGCUGGAACUGAAACAUCAUCAGCAGUUGUGGAAUGGGCCAUGUCAGAAAUGGUGAGAAAUCCAAAGGUGAUGGAAAAGGCACAAGCUGAGGUGAGAAGGGUGUUUAACAGCAAAGGGUGUGUGGAUGAGACACAAUUGAACCAAUUGACAUACUUGAAAUGUGUUAUCAAAGAAACAAUGAGGCUACACCCUCCUGCACCACUGUUGCUUCCUAGAGAGAGCAAGGAAAAAUGUGAGAUCAAUGGAUAUGACAUUCCUGCAAGGACAAGGGUCCUCAUCAAUGCUUGGGCUAUUGGAAGAGAUCCCAAGUAUUGGACUGAUGCUGAGACAUUUAAGCCUGAGAGGUUUUUGGAUAGCUCAAUAGAUUACAAAGGGACUAAUUUUGAGUUUAUUCCAUUUGGUGCUGGAAGGAGGAUGUGUCCUGGCAUUGCAUUUGCCAUAGCUGACAUUGAGUUGCCACUUGCUCAGUUGAUUUACCAUUUUGAUUGGAGGCUGCCUAUUGGAAUCAAAUAUGAAGAACUUGACAUGAGUGAAUCCUACGGUUUAACUGCCAGAAGACCAAAUGGACUCAUGUCGCUUGACCUGUUUACAAGAAGAAGCUGUAGGGCAAUAAAUUUGGAGAAUGUCCCUCAGUGA